AUGGAUCGAUACAAUUUGCUAGCCAAGAUAGGAAAUGGGGUAUUUGCGACGAUAAUGCUUGCGGAGAGCAAGUUAGAUCAAGAACUAUACGCCAUCAAGAUACUCAUGAAGAAACGCUUGAUCGAGAACGACGAGGUGAAGGGCUCGAAGACUGAGAAAAGCGUGUUGAUGAAAGGCCACAUCAAGAUUGUAGACUUCAUCACGUCAGCAGAGGGUAUUGCUGAUCACUAUGGCACAACGAAAAGUUUUUGUGGUACGAAUGAGUUCAUAGCGCCAGAGAUACUAUUGGACAUAUCGUACGGCCGCGCCGUAGACUGGUGGGCUUUCGGGAUAGUAAUGUACCAGAUGAUGGCUUGGCAAUCGCCGUUCAGCGGUGAAGACGAAGACGAAAUUUACGAUGCUAUUCUGGCAAAAGACCCAUCCUACCCAGCAGAGUUUCCAGAGGACGCUGUAGAUCUGACCCGAAAGCUACUCGUGAAGAACCCUGAAGAGAGACUAGGCUACGACAGAGGAGCCAAGGAAAUAAUGGACCAUAGCUUCUUCGACUCGACUGACUGGGAUGCACUUUAUAAGAAGGAUGUGACACCUCCAUUCAGGCCGGCGAUCAGAGAUAGGAAUGAUUUGAGUAAUUUUGAUACAGAGUAUACAAGUACGGCGCCUGAUUUGACGCCUGAGCAAUCCGGUAUGUUCCGUAUUCCUGUCAAGCUGAUCGUGUGA